CUUCCGCCUUUUUGCCCGCGUUAUAAACUCGCUCCGCGUGCACACCUCGGUGCUGUCCCGACCUGAUCGCAGGCUGAGUAUCGGCUGGAGAUGGACGUCCUCACCGUGCUGCCCUCUGACUUCGGUUACGUGAUCUUCACGUACCUGUACAGCUGGAUCAUGCUGGCGUACCUGGCAGUGAAGGUUGGAGGAGGCAGAAAGAAGUACAACGUGAAAUAUCCCACCAUGUACAGCGACAAGGAGCAAGUCUUCAACUGCAUCCAGAGGGCGCACCAGAACACCCUGGAGGUGUACCCCCAGUGGCUGCUCUUCCAGACCAUUGCAGCCCUGGUUUACCCGCUGUCAGCAUCUGUCCUGGGGGCUAUUUGGGUGACCAGCAGGUUUUCCUAUGCCUGGGGCUACUACACAGGAGAUCCAGCCAAGAGGAUGAACGGUGCCUACGGCUACAUCGGAUUUUUCGGAGUCAUCCUCCUCUCCGUAUCUGUUGCCCUGCAGCUGCUCGGCUUCUUUUAAGAUGAAGUCAUCCUGUGUUUGCCCAUCUGACUGGAGAGUCUGCUCAUGUAUACAGAACAACAUGCAUCUUACCAAAUCUGCUAACAAUAAACUGUCUGUAUAGUUAUUUCAAA